GAUGUUGCGCUGUCAAACAAUUGACAAGUGUUAUGAAGACGCAAAAGGGAAGUAUACGGUGGCUUAAAAUGACUGCGCUUAAAAGCAGAGGUUUUUGAAGAAAAGUUGUGUUUCAUUACAAAUGUGCAUGACAGGAUUUCAUUCACACUGUGAAAACUAUCAGCACGAACACCGUAAAACUCCAGUAAUUGAUUACGACCAAAUUAUGCCAGCAUAAUUUUAUAUUUGCAAUAAUUUGCUUCUAGCUGUCGGAGAAGAAAAUUGAUCUGCUCGCAGUCAAUUUCUGUUGGUCGUGAAUAUCCCAUCUGUCUGGUUUACUUGACGAAUUCAGCCGGUCGCCCAAAACAGCAAAAUGGAAGAGUACACAAAAAAAGUUUUACGUAUUGUUGUCGCGCAAAUUUGCCAAGCAAUAGGUUGGCAUACGAUCCAAUCCACUCCGCUGGAGCUCCUUACAGACAUUUUGCAUAAAUAUACACAGGAGUUGGCAGUGCGGAGUUUCCGAUACACGCAGCUUUACAGUCGGACUGAAGCCAACUUGGAUGACGUUGGAUUGGCUUUCCGUGAUUUGGGCGUCAACAUUCCAGACCUGCUCGAGUACAUAAACAAUGUGGAUUCGGUACCCUGUGCCGUCGAUGUACCGCAUUACCCCGUCCGGAAAGAAUCUAGCCUGAACCUGUUAAAGCCAGGCAGUAAGGAGGUGAUUACCCGACCGGUACACAUACACGAGCACUUGCCUCCGAUUUUUCCAGAGAAGGAGGAUGAUACCGAAAUAUCAACGGAGCUGACUACUUCCGUCGCGAAUCCAAUGACCACAACUACUGAUCCAUCUACGGUUAUCACGGACAUAACAAAUACCACCGCGAAUUCCACCAACAUUGCUAACAACAGCAAAGUGAUCUUCAAAAAACCGGAUGCAUCAGAGUUAGCUCAGCCUCUAAAAAAAUCUCGUGUUUUAAAUGAGGAUGAGGGUCGUCCGACUCGCGAAAUAAGUAGCGUAAUGAUGACUUCCUCUGGUUUCAUCUCACCAGCUCGUGAAGGCAAGCUGCCCGAUUCGAAAACACCUAUGAUACCAGAGUACAAGUCGCAGCGGUUAGCGACCCCUCCACCGCCAGUGCUUCCUACUAUCCCCGAGCGCGUUGCAGCCGUGAGUACCGUAACCGCUUCUCCCACAACUGGUUCAGACUUAAAGCCCGAAAAGAGGCAGAAACGCCAGAAAAAUAUAAAUGCGGGAUUGGCUAAUUCUGAAGCGAAGGAGCAACGCAAAUUGGAACGCCACAAAGCAAAAAUGAAGAAACGUGGCGAAUUGCUGGCAUAUGUUGAGAAAACGCGCAAUACAAACAAAAAGACGAGAGCCAAAGAGACUAAGGCGAAACAUCAUCCUGUACAUCCGUUAGGCGGAUCCCCGACAAAGUCACCCCAACCUACGUUGGAACCUUCAUCAGUUACUAAUUUGGAGGCACUCCCACCAGUUUCCCUUCCAGCAGAUCUAACCAUUAAAUCCGAAAAAGUGCCGGUUGGCUCGCCUUGUAAUGUGAAUUUACCAACAAGUGCUCUGGGUACGAGUUUGUCCACUUCAAUUACUACCGUAGAAGUAAAGCCGAAUAUAAUGGACGGUGACGCAGUGAAACUCAAAUCCGAACCAGACAAACAGAAAUAUAAUAUUUUCAAGAAAAUUUCAUCAAAAAAAUGUCGUGAUGAUACCCAAAAAGGCUCGUUGAAUAUUAAUAAUGCCCUACACCACAGUAUCUACAGUGGCUUCCCGCCCCUACCUGAGUCAACGACAAUUCGACCCAUACCGCCGCAAAGAUCAAGCUCACCACCGCACACGGAUCCAAAUGUUAUUGUUGUUGAUGAUGAUACACCACCGCGAUCAUCCUCGCCGUUAGGGUUAUCAAGCACUCAAAUACUUCCCAUUCCCUCCCUGCUACCUGGCACUACUGUAACGGCAUCCCCCGGUCUUCUUUCACCUUUCUUGGAUAAAUCACUUUUGAAAUUGUCACCGGCGUCGGCGAAAAAGCAGUCGCGAAAGCCUAGAAGUAAAAAACAGCAACAAAUUCUGGUUGAGCAGUCAGCUCCUCUAAACCUAUCCAAUGAGGUGGUAAGUCAGCCGCCGAUAUCACUUAAAACGCCAAGGAAACGACAAGCCAAAGUUGGACGACCAAGCAAACGUUCAGUUCUCAGUAUGGCAAGUGGAGUUAGUGACAUUCCUCCUAAUCCCGCCUUUCCUACCCUUCCAGCGCAGCCGCGUUUGUGUUCGGACAGUUUGAAACGUGACGAUAUAUCACCGUUAAAUAUAUUCAAAGACAAUCAAUUUUUAUCGGGCGUGCAGCGGUACCCAAUCAUAAAUCCAUUUCAUUUGCUUGCCGGCCCUGGACUAAUACCAAGUAACAACUUCAUGCAUCCAUUCGGCUUUCCAAAUCCGUUCAAUUACAGUGAUUUCAUGGGGCUCCGACCGCCAAUGCGUCCGCCAAAAGUUGAAGAGUCUUUGACGCCACCACCGCUUGCAUUGCCUCCUGAUCUAGAAAGCAGCGUUUAUUGCAAUGUUCCACCACUAGUCCCUGACUCGCUAAAGCAUCAAUUAUCACCAGCUUUGAUAUCGAAAGGAAAUAAGUCAUCUAGCUCCGCGACAUUUGGGGUGGAAUCGCCUGCUGCGGGUGGCUCUUUUAGUUCUUUAAAAACUGCAAAUAGUAAAUCUGAAAGUCACAAUUUAAAAGAUUCAAGCUUACUAACUAAGUUGUUUGAUGCACCAAUAGAAAUAAGUGAUGAUGAGAAGUCAGUGUCGAAAUCUGACACAGAGCAGGACAAAUCAACGCUCCCAGAUUUCCCGUUGAGCGGUCGCAACAAUACCGAUAGCACAGUGAAUGCUUCUUCGACGGAGAAUGUGUCAGGUGCCCAUCAGCAUCACUAUAGUCCCAGCAAAAGUAUAACAUCAACUAGCCAACGUUCGGACACUGAUGGCGUCAAGAUAGGUGCAAAUGAUGAGUCGGACAAUAUGGUCAUUGAUAGUGAUCAUGGGGAUGCCGAGACUAGUGAAAAAAUCUCAAGUCUAAAUGAAGAGAUGCCCAACAGCUUGUUGAGUAGAGGGGAAAAGAAACGCGACAGAGAACAUAAAAAAGGCAAAAGAGGGAAAGAUGGUAAGAUCAAGAAAAAAAAGGAUAAAAAAGACAAGUCAAAGAAUAAAGAGAAAGCCGAAAAGCGUAAGGAGGAAAAGAAGGAAAAAGAUCGGAGCAAGAAAAAGAAGGAAAAGCGUAAAGAUAAGCUGCGAGUAAAUCCUGCUGCUUUAAUUUACAAUGAUAUUUCCGAUGAUGGCCUAGUCGUGGGUGCAACUACAGCAAAAGGACCCAUUUCAUUGUCUGGCCCCAACGAAAAUCAAAUCGCACAACAGCAGCCACAACAAAGUGAUCAACAGACAACAGUACCAACAGUUCCCAGCGUUACACCAGUAUCAUCAACUGUACCGAAAUUAACAUUAAAAUUUGGUUCCCCGCAGUCUAUUGCUAGUGACGAUUCACCGGAAAUUCGAAAGUUAAAUUCGAAAUCAAGUAAUGGUGGCGAUGAAAGUACAGAUAAUUUGUGCAUUGAUGACCGCCGUGAGUCAUCGCCGGAACUAGCAAGGAUAUCGCCACUUGUUACGAGACCGCCAAAGCAGAAAACUUCGUCGACUUCAACAGAAAGACCGGUUACCCCACAAUUACCUCCGGAGGGUUCACACUAUCGCUACCAGAAUCUAGACAGCAAUACAAAUACAUUCAGAUCUCGAUCACCUCAAUCGCCAGUAACUUCACAAUGGAUUCGUCAAGAAAUCAUGAGUGUGCCGAAACUAGCAAUAAACGACCGUACCGCUACUGCGAAUUUCCGAUCGUCAAGUCCUGUUUCAUCGAUGACUUUUGUGUCAUACCCAGAAGCCAAUGAUGAAAUAAAUAAUUUUUCUGAUGACGACGGUUAUCAUGCAGAUGGCAUCGAUACAGUGGGGAGUACAAAUCAAGCGCCUGGUGGAGCACAGUUUCCCAACGAACGUCAUCAUACCGAUGAAGCGCCGAAACAUGAUACCGAGUCUCCGGCAAAUAAUAUCUUUGAAACCACUUCGAAUCUCGAAUCGGGUCGGCCUACGCUGCCUAAACGUCCAUCAUCCUAUAUUGAUGCUGAAGGAAAUCAGGUUUGGAUCUGCCCAGCUUGUGGUCGAGUUGAUGAUGGGACACCAAUGAUUGGCUGCGACGGGUGCGAUGCUUGGUAUCACUGGGUCUGCGUUGGAAUCCAAGUGCCGCCUGAUGAACGUGAGGACUGGUAUUGUCGCGUAUGCAUCGCAAAGAAGCAAGAAGCGAACGGUUCGGAUAAGAAGAAAAAACGUAAGAAAAAGAACAAAACAAACUAAGAUCGUCAGGAGAAAACCUUGGACUACCAGGAGUUUGCUUCUUGGUCGCCGUGGUAGUUGUAUAUAUUUGCUCCUUUUUUACUGAAUUUAACUGUAUAUCUUUCGUUUCCAUCAUUGCACUUUUACUAGCUUUUGCUCGAGUAAUUCAAGAUCGUUAUUCAACCCUUUGGUUUGAGUCGCGUAGCAAACUUUGUUUAUUUGAAACGUUUAAGAAAAAAAUUCAGAUCAAAACAGACCAUUUAAGCGUGCUAGGUCGAUUUUAUCAUAUUUCAGUGAAGGAUAUCCGGACCAACUAUUUCUGAAAGCAUUUUAUACAAUUAGUCUUAUUCUUCAGCUUCAUCCAAACGUUUUGUUCUUAGGUUAAUUUUUCUCGCUUGAAAAGUCACUAUCAUUUCCCUUAGUUUAACUACAGAAGUUGAGGAACUAAAAGAAUAAUCAGAUGUGCGUAUUCAUGCACACAAUGUACAAAUAACUGUAGAAAUGGAAAACUUACUACGGUGACCAAAAUUUCGGUCACUUGUUGCUGUUCUAGAUAAUAUACUGAAAAUGCUAGAGUAGUCGAAGCCGGCUACCUUCAAAUUUAAUGUAUAGCUAUAUAUAAGCUAAAAAGUUAUUUAAGCUUAAUGGAGCAGUUAAGAAUUAUAUAAAAAUGUCGAAUUAAAAAUAUAAAAAAUAAUUUAGUAA